CUCUGGGUCCCGACUCUCCCUCCCCAUCCCUCCCCCGUCUUCGGCCCCGUCAGCGCGGGGGUGCCUUCGUCGUGUAGCAUCGAGCCUGGCCCGGCCAGGCCAGCGGGCAGAUGCCCCGAGCUGCCGCCGUUGCCACCGCCGUCUCGGCCGGUGGCGGUGUGGGAGGCGAGAGACCGGCCCGCGGCCGCUGAGUGUGACAGACCGGGCCGGGGGCCGCCAGGGGCUCCGGCAUCUGUGCCUUCUUUCGGACCAUGUAUUUCCUGAGCGGCUGGCCCAAGAGGCUGCUUUGCCCUCCAGGGAGUCCGGCCGAGGCUCCUUUCCACGUUCAGUCCGACCCUCAGAGGGCUUUCUUCGCCGUGCUGGCCCCGGCCCGCCUCAGCAUCUGGUACAGCCGACCUAGUGUGUUAAUUGUAACCUACAAGGAACCUACAAAAUCAUCUACUCAGUUCGGAUCCUACAGACAAGCUGAAUGGAGACCAGAUAGUACCAUGAUAGCUGUGUCAACAGCAAAUGGCUACAUCUUGUUUUUUCAUGUUAUAUCUUCAAGAGGCGACAAGUACCUUUAUGAACCAGUAUAUCCCAAAGGAAGUCCACAGAUGAAGGGGACACCCCAUUUUAAGGAAGAACACUGUGCUCCAGCAUUAAAUUUAGAGAUGAGGAAAAUAUUGGAUUUACAAGCACCCAUCAUGAGUUUGCAGUCUGUACUGGAAGAUCUUCUGGUUGCUACUUCUGAUGGACUUCUUCAUCUUAUUCACUGGGAAGGAAUGACAAAUGGAAGGAAAGCCAUUAAUCUUUGCACAGUACCCUUUUCAGUAGAUCUGCAAUCAUCUAGAGUAGGUUCAUUCCUGGGCUUUGCCGAUGUGCACAUCAGAGACAUGGAAUACUGUGCCACACUUGAUGGAUUUGCUGUUGUGUUUAAUGAUGGUAAAGUUGGAUUUAUUACACCAGUGUCAAGUAGAUUUACUGCAGAGCAGCUUCAUGGAGUUUGGCCACAGGAUGUUGUCGAUGGAACAUGUGUAGCAGUAAAUAACAAAUAUCGACUAAUGGCAUUUGGUUGUGCAAGUGGUUCUGUACAGGUUUAUACAAUAGAUAACACCACUGGAGCCAUGCUGCUGAAUCAUAAAUUAGAGCUAACAGCAAAACAAUAUCCUGACAUUUGGAACAAAACAGGAGCUGUUAAAUUGAUCAGAUGGUCUCCUGAUAAUAGUGUGGUAAUAGUGACAUGGGAAUAUGGAGGACUUUCUUUAUGGAGUGUGUUUGGAGCCCAGCUGAUUUGUACACUGGGAGGAGAUUUUGCGUAUAGGUCUGAUGGUACUAAAAAAGAUCCCCUUAAGAUCAACUCUAUGAGCUGGGGUGCAGAAGGCUAUCACCUAUGGGUAAUCAGUGGAUUUGGUUCUCAACACAUUGAAAUUGAAUCUGACCUCAGAAAUAUAGUUAAACAGCCCAGCAUUCUGCUAUUUCAGUUUAUCAAGAGUGUCCUCACUGUAAACCCUUGUAUGAGUAACCAAGAGCAGGUAUUGCUUCAGGGAGAGGAUCGCUUGUAUUUGAACUGUGGAGAGCCCUCUCAGACCCAGAAUCCCAGAAGUUCUUCACACACUCAGCAUAAGCCGAGCCUGGAAAAGAGCCCAUUUGCAGAUGGAGGUUUAGAGUCCCAGGGUUUAAGCACUUUACUUGGACAUCGACAUUGGCAUGUUGUACAGAUUUCCAGUACCUAUCUAGAAAGCAAUUGGCCUAUACGGUUUUCAGCUAUUGAUAAACUUGGGCAAAAUAUUGCUGUGGUUGGCAAGUUUGGUUUCGCACAUUACUCUUUACUCACCAAAAAAUGGAAACUUUUUGGAAACAUUACUCAGGAGCAAAAUAUGAUUGUGACUGGUGGUUUAGCCUGGUGGAAUGAUUUUAUGGUACUUGCAUGUUAUAAUAUAAGUGACCAUCAAGAAGAGCUCAGAGUAUACUUGCGAACAUCAAAUCUGGACAAUGCCUUUGCUCAUGUCACCAAGACACAAGCAGAAACAUUACUGCUGAGUGUCUUCCGGGACAUGGUAAUAGUAUUUAGAGCAGACUGUUCAAUAUGCCUUUACAGUAUUGAAAGAAAAUCUGAUGGUUCAAAUACUAUGGCUGGUAUUCAAGUUCUUCAGGAAGUCUCCAUGUCACGCUACAUUCCUCACCCUUUCCUGGUAGUGUCUGUCACUCUGACCUCAGUGAGUACAGAGAAUGGAAUCACCUUGAAAAUGCCACAGCAGGCACGUGAUGCAGAGAGCAUUAUGCUGAACCUUGCAGGGCAGCUCAUCAUGAUGCAGAGGGACAGGUCAGGUCCUCAGAUCCGGGAGAAGGACAGUAAUCCGAACCAAAGGAAACUUCUGCCGUUCUGUCCUCCUGUUGUACUAGCCCAGUCUGUUGAAAAUGUCUGGACUACGUGUAGAGCAAAUAAACAAAAACGUCACCUUCUGGAAGCCCUCUGGCUGAGCUGUGGUGGUGCAGGGAUGAAAGUUUGGCUCCCCCUCUUCCCUAGGGAUCACCGCAAGCCCCAUUCCUUCUUGUCCCAGCGGAUUAUGCUGCCUUUCCAUAUCAAUAUUUAUCCAUUGGCGGUUCUGUUUGAAGAUGCAUUGGUCCUUGGUGCUGUCAAUGACACUUUACUCUAUGAUUCUUUGUAUACUCGGAACACUGCUAGGGAGCAGCUAGAGGUGCUCUUCCCUUUCUGUGUUGUGGAGAGAACCUCUCAGAUCUACCUCCACCACAUUCUACGUCAACUUCUGGUCAGGAACCUCGGGGAACAAGCCUUGCUCUUGGCUCAGUCCUGUGCCGCAUUACCUUACUUCCCUCAUGUGCUGGAGCUCAUGCUCCAUGAAGUGCUGGAAGAAGAAGCUACCUCACGGGAACCCAUUCCCGACCCACUACUUCCCACUGUGGCAAAAUUUAUUACCGAGUUCCCCCUCUUCCUGCAGACAGUUGUGCAUUGUGCUAGGAAGACUGAAUAUGCCCUGUGGAAUUACCUGUUUGCAGCUGUUGGAAACCCCAAGGACUUGUUUGAAGAAUGUUUGAUGGCUCAGGAUUUGGACACAGCUGCCUCUUACCUUAUUAUCUUACAGAAUAUGGAAGUUCCAGCAGUAAGUAGGCAACAUGCCACCCUUCUGUUCAACACAGCAUUGGAACAAGGCAAGUGGGACCUAUGUCGACACAUGAUUCGAUUUCUUAAAGCCAUUGGCUCUGGAGAAUCUGAGACACCUCCAUCCACACCUACAGCUCAGGAACCCAGUUCAAGUGGUGGAUUCGAGUUCUUCAGGAAUCGAAGCAUUAGUUUAUCCCAGUCAGCUGAAAAUGUUCCUCCUAGUAAAUUCAACUUACAGAAAACACUAAGUAUGCCAUCUGGUCCUUCUGGAAAAAGAUGGAGCAAAGACAGUGAAUGUGCUGAGAACAUGUAUAUUGACAUGAUGCUCUGGAGACAUGCUCGGCGUCUCUUAGAAGAUGUGCGGUUAAAGGACCUUGGCUGCUUUGCUGCCCAGCUAGGCUUUGAACUAAUUAGCUGGCUCUGCAAAGAACGUACCCGAGCUGCCCGGGUAGACAACUUUGUGAUAGCCCUCAAGAGACUCCACAAAGAUUUCCUGUGGCCACUUCCCAUCAUCCCUGCCUCUUCUAUCAGUUCUCCUUUCAAAAAUGGAAAAUACCGUACAGUGGGAGAGCAGCUGUUAAAGUCUCAAUCAGCUGACCCUUUUAUGAAUCUUGAGAUGGAUGCUGGUAUCUCUAAUAUUCAACGAAGUCAGAGCUGGCUCAGCAACAUUGGCCCCACCCAUCAUGAGAUAGACGCAGCUUCAUCCCAUGGACCACAAAUGCAAGAUGCUUUCUUGUUACCUUUAUCUAAUAAAGGUGAUGAAUGCAGCAUUGGUUCAGCCACAGACUUAACUGAAAGUAGCUCCAUGGUGGAUGGGGACUGGACAAUGGUGGAUGAAAAUUUCUCUACACUCAGUUUGACUCAAUCUGAGCUAGAACAUAUCUCCAUGGAGCUGGCAAGUAAAGGCCCUCACAAAUCCCAAGUCCAACUUAGGUAUUUGCUACACAUUUUCAUGGAGGCAGGAUGUCUGGACUGGUGUAUUGUAAUAGGCUUGAUUCUUAGAGAAUCCUCAAUAAUCAAUCAGAUUUUAGUUAUUGCACAGUCUUCAGAGGUAGAUGGAGAAAUGUUACAGAACAUAAAGACAGGGCUGCAUGCGGUGGACCGAUGGGCCUCUACAGAUUGCCCUGGAUAUAAGCCAUUUUUAAACAUCAUUAAGCCGCAACUGCAGAAGCUCAGUGAGAUAACAGAAGAGCAAAUCCAGCCUGAUGCCUUCCAGCCAAUUGCUGUGGGUAAGACUCCUGAACAGACCAGUCCCCGGGCAGAGGAGAGCAGAGCCUCCUCCAGCCAUGGAAUCAUCCCCCAAAGUGAAGUUGGUGUUAGCAGUAUGGUCAGCAGGAAAGAAGAGGACACAACCCGAGCACAGGAGGAAGAAACAUUUCAGGAUGGGACUUAUGACUGUUCUGUGUCCUAACAACAUAGAGGUAACAUCAUGACAGGCAGUAUUAAUUAGCAGCAGUGUGCAACCAUGAGUACAUUGUGACCUAGUUGAAUUAUUUAACAGGGGAAAGAACUCAGCUCAGAGACUAUGGUUAAGUAUUAUCAGAUUUUAAUGAACUCUUUCUCUAAGAAAUAUCUUUGACUCCAUAAAAAUGUGAUAUCAAAUAAAGUAUCUUUCAUAAAAAUUUUUAAGCUGCAGUGGAAAGUAAUAAAAGAGAAUUAUACAGAUGUACAUGAGAAUAUUUUGAUUUUAUUCAAAGGUUGGGGCCUCUUAAACUAUGGGAUUGUUUUGCUCCAGAUAAGCAUACUUUUUUAGUACUUACAGCCUCUGUUUUCUGGUUCUGCGUGUGUAGAAUGCUUUUUAAAAAAUAAAUGCUGAGGUGCUUGCUGUAGCUCAUUGGGUUCUUGAGCUACCUGUUUGCUUCCUUGAGUACAGCUUGCUGGACUCCCUAAUUGGUCCUUUUGAGUAGAGGGCCUCCCCUUGCACAAUAUGUGCCAGUGUGAUGGAAACAUUCUUUGGCUUUACUAGCCUGUUAAAUCGCAUCCCCGAAUUGGUGGAAGAUAUUUAUCUGGGAGUUAAUGUGCCUGCUUCAGCAAGCUUGAUUCCUACUAGAUAAUGUGGGCAGAGGUGUGAGGGGUUCUUAUCAAUUAUGCUGAUACCACUAAACUAUUUUGUAUCAAAGAACUGUAUCUUUUCUGUGAAUAUUCUUAUGUAAAUAUACUCAAAGGCACUAUUCAUAUUUUUAAGGCUUGUAUCAUAAUUUGUAAGGUUUUAUGCUGGAUUCUGCAUGACUUUAGAUAGAUACACUUGGAACAAAAACUGGGCUCGCUCUUCUUCCAAGAAAUAAACAGUCUUCAUAAAGAAUACAGAUUUAUUGGCUCAGUCAUCAAGUAACAGCAAUGGUCCCAUUGAUCAUGAAGUAUAACAGGUUUCAUGCAAAUUAAUGUAGUUUCUUAUUUAUUGCUUUUUUGUAAAUUGAAUAAAAAUAGGCUUUUAUGUAAAUAGAUUGCUGAAUCCUGUAUUAUCACGGCUACUAAAAAUUAGUAUGUAAAUAAUGCAUUCUUCAUUGUAAACUUUAAAAAGAUUUUAUGUGUUUCUAGACAUGACUUAAAUUUUAGGUUUUUUUACAUUAUGAAAACAAAACUGCAUACCCCUUAGCUGCUUCAGACUAAACACAUAUCCACUGUAAUUGUAAUUACUUAAUAACAGUAUUAAUUUAGAUAGCUUGUUUGUACUGUGCAAUUUGAACAAGGAAUGCAAUGUUAUUUUUUAUGAAAACUUGUUUAUUUUUAUAACAAUGUAUUUGAUGUGGACCAAAUUCGUACCACUAUGUAAAAAAAACUCUUUUCUCACAGUACAGUUAUAAUUUAGAAAUAAAACUUGGUCCUCUGUCCUUGUUUUUAAAAAGUAAAUAGUUGUCUUAGCUGAAUUUCCUUUGAAGGGAAACUCAAAAUCAUUUUAAAAUUGCUUAUUUCAAAAUUCACCAACCAUUUAAAAUUAUUGUUUGGUAAUAUACUAUCAUUUACUUUUUACAAGUGCAAUAAUUUCACAUAAUAAAAUUCCUGAAUAGGUGGAGUGUGUGACAAUUGGUACCUGGUCCUUCUGGUGCUAUUUUUAUUUAAGUCUUUGUUUCAAACCAUCUUUCCUCUGAACCUUUUGAUAGAAUAUGUUUUUGUGUGAUUACAUGCAGCACACCAGGAAACUAAACUGAAAUUUUUCUUCAGUCCUAUUCCAUUAGGGAGAAGAACCAGCAUCUUUUGUGUUUGGUGUGAAUAGUCAAUCAAUAAAAAUGGUUUACCAUUAUGAACAGCUGUGAUCUUUUCAAAUAUUCUAAAUAAAACUGUGCUGGUUUCAUCUCAUUCUGGAAAGCAGGGCACCAAUCUGUUAAUGUUAUUCCCAUAGUUGAGACUGUAAAUGAGACUUUUCUUCUAUAAAAUAUUCACUUUUCAGUUAAUACAAAUAGGAAGCCCAGGGCAAAAAAAAAAAAAAAAAAAAUUGGCAAGUUUAUCAAAAUUUUCUGUUUGGUGUAUAACCACUUAAUUCUUUUUAAAAACUCAUACUUUAUUUUGCUGUAUUGUUUGAUUUAUGUAUAUCAACUGUUUAAGCCAUAAUUUUAACCAGUGAAUUUAAAUAUUUGGUAUAGUGAUUUGAAAGGUUACUGGAUACAAUUAAGUUAUUUGCUGAUACCAAAACAAGAACUCAUUGGGGGAUAGAGUCAACCUUCGCUUGUAAUUAAAGCUGCUACUUUUGUAAUGUGUAUUUUUUACUUGGCAAAGGGCAAUAAAACUAUUACACAAA